AUGGCGGACCUAUACAGCGCAGCUCAAGUCUUGCUGAAAGAUUUUGAAACAGCAAUGCUGGCCAGGUUUGAUACCUUAUUACUGAAAAUGCGGCCUACUGGAGAUCGUGAGGCUGCGGUGAUGGCGGUGGGGGAGACGGGCUCUGUCGGAGUCGCAUGUAAAGAUACACAGCUUAACCUGUGUCCGCUGACUGGUGAGGACAGAUUUACUCAGCCCACGCUAAAUUGCGCUGAGGGACUGCUGUGCUUCACGAGUGAGGGGAGUUUGCUGGACAGACGCAUCGCUGGGUCUCCUGGGCGUGGGUUACUGCUCGAGGACGGCGGUACCCGCUCCCUGCCUCCUGGGUCUCCGAGACCGCAACGUGCUGUGAGUUUGCAGGGGGGGAGAAAAUAUUUGGCGCUGCCCUUCUCUGGAAUUCAGUGCAGGUUUAUAUACGAAACUGAACAUUUUAAUGGUGUUGCAGAAUUGCUGGAAAUAUUGGGAAGUAUUAUCAAUGGAUUUGCGUUGCCAUUAAAAUCUGAACAUAAGCAAUUUCUCAUGAAAGUCCUAAUUCCCAUGCACACUGCAAAAGCAUUAGCUCUGUUUCAUGCACAGCUUGCGUAUUGUGUUGUGCAGUUCUUGGAAAAGGAUACAACCCUCACAGAGCCAGUUAUUCGAGGAUUGCUUAAAUUCUGGCCUAAAACUUGCAGUCAGAAAGAGGUAAUGUUUCUCGGUGAAAUAGAGGAGAUUUUGGAUGUGAUUGAGCCAACACAAUUUAAAAAGAUUCAGGAACCUCUAUUUAAACAAAUAUCCAAGUGUGUGUCCAGUUCUCACUUUCAGGUUGCUGAAAGAGCGUUGUACUUCUGGAACAAUGAAUAUAUUCUUAGUUUAAUUGAAGAGAACAUUGACAAAGUUCUACCAAUCAUGUUUGGCAGUUUGUACAAAAUCUCCAAAGAACACUGGAACCCAACAAUUGUAGCUCUUGUAUACAAUGUGUUAAAAACUUUAAUGGAGAUGAAUGGCAAACUCUUUGAUGAGCUAACGGGAUCAUACAAAGCAGAAAGACAAAGAGAGAAAAAAAAAGAACUGGAACGGGAAGAACUGUGGAGAAAGCUGGAUGACCUACAGCUAAAGAAAGCUCUGGCUGAAAAUCAGAAUGGUUCUUUAAGUGUACAAGAGGCCCAGAACAAUGCAAGUGCCAAAUAAACCGUCAACAGCCUCUGCUGCACAGGCAUCCUUUUGUACAAUGUAAAAUUAUAAAACAGUAAAAAAAAACCUUCUCAGUAUAAUAUAAAGCCAACAAUUUUUUUUUUUAUUAUUUUGAAGUUUGAGCAAAAUCAUAUUUUCCUCUCUUGUUGCUAGAGGGACCAGAAAUCCAUUGCAGGGCAAUAUGUUGCUUGUCCCUCUUGCCAGUCUAUGAGUUAGCGCCCAGUAUUACAUUGCUAUCACAGGUCUUUCUACGUUGAAUCAUUGAUACUGGUGGAGAUAAAUGCAUUUUUAUAAUCUGUAAUAUGAGUGUGAUAAUUCUGGGAUUGAUGAGAAUUAUGACUUGAAUUCUUUAUUUUAUAAAUAUAUAUAAAUAUAUAUAUAUUUUUGAUUGUGUUGCACAUAAAUGUAUUUAGUAUGCUAUGUACAUUUUUGCGUUUUAUAUGUGCUCAUCUCUCUACUGCAAUCUUCAGUUUUGAGAUACUUAAAAAACAAACAAAAAAAAAACACAGCUUCUGCACUACAGAUUCUAAAUUCAGAUGAAAGGAAGGUACUUGAUGCCUACACUUUAACUUGCAAAUGCUGAAACCCCGUCAGUGGUAUAAGUAUAUCUCACACACACACACAAAUGUAUGGUUGGGUUAUUCGUUUCAGCCGAUCAGCUGUAUUGAUUUGGUUUCUUCAAUUCUGUGGCAAGGAGAACAUUUCAGCAGUUGCCAGAGCUGCAAAUGUAAAAUUGAGUGGAAACAUGCAGUAUAAAUCACAACGCGCAGUCUUGCCCAAUUUGCUUUGCCGUGACCACCUAUGCAAACCAUUCCAACGGGAAUAUUAGCCCAUGUGCAGUAACUGGAAAGCAGUGAUAAAAAUGAGUCUGCUUAUACCCUAAAGUUGUUUUUUUGUGUUUAAAGGGGCAUUCUUUUGUAGUAAUAAAAUGCUUGAAUUCAUUACAGCAUUUUUUAAUGCAUCAAAUGCUUAUUUCAAACUAUGUUUAUCCCCUGCAAAACACCAGGCCUGCUCCAGAAUCUUUCUUGCAGUGUUUAAGCAAAUCGUUUUUAGUAAUGAACAUAAAUGAAAUAAAUAAGAGCAUUUUGUUAUUGCAUUAAGUUCCACGAUGACCCAAAAUAUAGGACUUUGCUUUGUUUUAAAAAAAAAAUUGUUGAAAAUUUGCUGUCAAGAUUUCUAAAAAUGAUUAGCAUCAAAUGACUCCUUUUAAACAGUACUUACAUAUAUUUGUUACUGCUGCUAGGUUGGUUAUGCUGUUGAUAUAGUGCAGUCUGCUAUAUAUAUAUAUAUAUAUAUAUAUAUAUAUAUAUACUCACACCAUGUGGCUGUGUUUACAGGUCAAAACAAUUAAUGUACCAUGUGAAUGUCAGUAAGGUGAAAUAUUCAUUGUAAAAAAAACAUGUCUAUGAAAAGAUUUUAACUACUUAUCUGAUUUGUACUUUUACAGCUUUACAGUAUUUUGUCCAAUUUCUACAGACACAAAAUAAACCAUAUGUUAUUGAGCGUUACUUCAGUUCCUCUAAUCCUCAAUAACAAGCGUCUGAGAAAUGGGAUAAUUAUUCAUGUAAAUGAGUUGUUCUCUCUUCACAAGGCGUGAUAAUACAGAAACAAACAAGUUGGCCAUCAUUUCUCCGGAACAAUGAAAAAAAAAAAAAUAAAGCUGUCUGUAUCUUAUAAGGAUUGGUCAAUCCUUAAAUUUGAUGAAUUAAAGUACAUCUGAUAUGUAGUCAUUUUAGAUUCCUAAUCCUUUCCAAGUGGUCAUGUUAGGGGUGAAACAAUCCCAGGGUUCAUAUUAAAGCUUUCCAAUCUGUUCCCUUUUCUACGUAAUAAUAUGCAGUGUUUAACCUUUUAUGGGGAAAUGAAAGCGAAUGUAAAGUGAAAUGGAAGUAUGAUGUUAAACAAUAUCAUCUAAUCUGGGAAUAAUGCAUUCAAGCACACAUUUGGAGGGACAGUGCUUUCCACUAAAGUGUAUAUUCAGGAAAGUUAUGGUGAACAGGCACAUUUGUAAAUAUAUUGCUUUAUCACAGUUGUGUGUCCCUGUAAUUACUAUGAUUGUAUUUUCUUUUAAAUAUUGUAAAUGUUUCUUGUAGGCUGUAGACUUGUGCUGAAUGACUGUGCUGCAUACUCUGACAUUCUAUAGGUUUAAAUUGGAAUAAAAGUAAUUUGCAUAAAAUACUUUUAACACA